UUGUGUUGCGGUGCACACACGACAAACCGUCAUAAACGGAGAAACGAACAGUCCUCUGAGUAGAACCAGCUUAAAUUGUUAUUUUAGUUAUUGUUGUCGUUGCUGCUGCUGCAGAGUGAUUCCUGAGUUGAACACUCCGAGUUGUUAUUGUUGUAGUUGUUGACUUGUCGUUGUUGUAGACCUCACUGUGUUGUCAUUAUCCUCGCUGUGUUCGUCGAAAUAGCAACUAAACUAGCGAAAAUAUGAAGGCUUUUAUCACUCUUGUGGUAUGCGUCGCAUCAACUCGUGCUGGUUUUGAGAGUUCUGGAGGUUGGCAGCAGGCUGCCAGUUCUGGUUGGGACACAACACAAUCUGGAUGGGCUUCGGCGUCUUCGGGCUGGGAAUCAGGCCAGCUUUCGUCGGGAUGGCAACAGGCAGCCCCCUUAUCUUCCGGAUGGGAUGCAGCAUCCGUGUCUUCGGGUUGGGAAACCGCUGCCCCAGCAUCAUCUGGCUGGCAGGCCCCAACACCUCAACAGGAAAAGAAGAUCGUCAUUAUCAAACAGCAACAAAAUCAGGGUCAUGCAAGCCCGUCGUUGACCGUUGCGGGACCAACGCACGUUAUUAAAACUGUUCACCAGGUCCGUACCAUCGACCAAGGUGGCAAGAUUUUGCAUAAGUCUGCAGACGCUCAAGCGAAGGUACUCCUUGUGAAAUCGGUUGCCACAGCUGAGGUCAAGCAUGCUCAGCCUCAGGGAUGGCCCCAGAAGGUUCAGGCCGGUUGGCAAUCCGCUUCCAGCGGCUGGUAAAGCUACGAUCUCUUAAGUAAAAUAAUGUGAGACAUAUGCUUAUAUACAAUUGAAAAUAUUGCUGUACAUUGAUUGCCACGUAGUGGACCUGGUGUGCAAAGGACACGAGAUGCUUCUUUUUAGUAAAUAUAAACGCACUACUCAUCUCAGCCUCCGCAUGAGCGUAAUACCUCUUUACAUCUUCAGCUACCGUCACGUCGUGGACACUUUUCGAUUUGUUACGUGUACACUACGCUAUUGUAAAGUUAGCUAAACACCUUGUGGCUGUCGUGAAUUCGUAAAUAAACAUCGAUUUGUAAAAUGUGUUACAAGAUCGAUAGGAUGAA